AAGGUCUUUUGGUGGGGGAAAUCUAAGGCCUCCAAGCGAAGUGACUCCCGGGAAGCCUCUCGCCAUGCCUGCAAAGCUCUGGAGAAGAGAACUGUAUUCUGCCGGAUUGCAGCAUAUUUGGUUCAGUGAGUGCUGGGGAGUAGGACAGAAUGACCUAGUCUCUUCCCUUAUUCAGCAGGCGGGGGGCGGGGGGAGGAUAUAUCUUCCUUGACCUGUUCCUGAAGGUCACAUCUAUGAUCAUCCUACAUCCUCUUGUUGCAUGUCUAACAAAAUUCCUUUUCUACAGCUGCUCUCACUUUGAUGUCACUGAGAUGUUCUCUCCAGUGUUGUGGCUUUGAGAGUGUGAUUUCCUACCAACUUAGUUUUUAUGUAUACCCCCUUGUUCUGAAGACGGUCAGGGAGAGUUCUUGGGGUCCUUGUAGCAUAACUGCGAACUGAGUUACAUUGGACAGCCUUGUGUUUCCAACAAUGAUUAGGCAGAUGCCUCUGGAGUCUGGGUAGGUCCAAAGCAGCACUUGGAGAUGAUAAACAACAGGCUAUCCCCUGUUGUUUAUUUCCAACAGCUAGUAUUCCGAAAGAUAAGGUAAAGGUAAAGGGACCCCUGACCAUUAGGUCCAGUCGUGACCAACUCUGGUGUUGCGGCGCUCAUCUCGCUUUACUGGCCGAGGGAGCUGGCGUACAGCUUCCGGGUCAUGUGGCCAGCAUGACUAAGCCGCUUCUGGCAAACCAGAGCAGCGCACGGAAAUGCCGUUUACCUUCCCGCCGGAGCGGUACCUAUUUAUCUACUUGCACUUUGACAUGCUUUUGAACUGCUAGGUUGGCAGGAGCAGGGACCGAGCAACAGGAGCUCACCCUGUCACAGGGAUUCGAACCGCCGACCUUCUGAUCGGCAAGUCCUAGGCUCUGUGGUUUAACCCACAGCGCCACCUGCGUCCCGAGAGAUACAUCCUCUCUAUUUAUAGAGCUUUCCUUUUGACUAUCACAUAAUGAUCUUAAUUCUUAUAUAAACGAAACAGCAGCACCCCCACACAAGCAAGAGAGAAAAGUAGUUGCAACGGAACUCCAGAGUUUGCAGAAUUGCAAAAAACAUUUAGGGGAAAUUCUCUCCCCCCCGCCCCCAAUUUUGGGAACUUGCCAAAAGCAAAAACCAAAACAAAGCAACCCAUUGGAAUGUUCGCUGGAUACAGAAUGCUGACCGACUGUUCUGAGAAACAAAAUACCGGUCUAGAGAGAGAAUAGAGUGGUGCAUCCUGAACAGAAGCACUUCAUGCUGCAACAUUUUGUUGCAGAAGUUUGCUUUUCAUAGCUAAUAGCCACGGAUAGGCCCAUUGGAGCCUUGUCUCUUAGCAUUGGUGCAGCUGGUAUAUUUAUAUCGCACUCUUUCCCGCGGCCUCAGAACACUCUGUAAAAAUAAAGUCAGGUGUGUGUGUGUGUGUGUGUGUGUGUGUGUGUGUGUUUGUUUAAAAAAUCAUUGCAGCAAUGGUGUGCAUUGAUGCCCAGUGAUGCCAAGGGUGGGCAUAUUCCAAGCUUGGAAUUGCCACUUUAUUUUUCAUUUGCCAGGGGCAUGUGCGGAGAAGUAAAGGCAUGGGUAACCCAAGCAAGGGCAGGGGUUUCAAAUGCAUGCAGCUGUCACUCUUUUGGGUGGCAGGAUCUAGAAUCAAUCUAGAUUGAAAGCAGCAUGCUGAGCACUUCCUGUUUGACUGGCAUGGCGAAUGGCUGUCCCAUAACAGUGGAGCCCUUUCGUGUGGAUAACGAGGAUAAUAUGGGAGUAGUUAUCCUCCCCCAAAAACCCCAGGGCGGGGGAAGCAGCCCACCCUCAUAUCGUCUGAUACCUGCCGCCUGUCCUGAAGGAAUGCGGGGGGCAGGGGGCGCUGGGUGCAAUGCACAUAGGGACGUGAGUGGCGCUGUGGUGUGAACCACAGAGCCUAGGGCUUGCCGAUCAGAAGGUCAGCGGUUCAAAUCCCCGCAACAGGGUGAGCUCCCAUUGCUCGGUCCCUGCUCCUGCCAACCUAGCAGUUCGAAAGCACGAAGUGCAAGUAGAUAAAUAGGUACCGCUUCGGCGGGAAGGUAAAUGGCAUUUCCAUGUGCUGCUCUGGUUCACCAGAAGCGGCUUAGUCAUGCUGACCACAUGACCCAGAAGCUGUACGCCGGCUCCCUCGGCCAAUAAAGCGAGAUGAGCGCCGCAACCCUAGAGUCGGCCACGACUGGACCUAAUGGUCAGAGGUCCCUUUACCUUUACAGGCAUUAUACUGGCUAACCCCUGCUAAGCUCAAAACAAUACAUUUUUGUGCUACAGAUGGGUUAGUGUAUAUGCAGCUUCGGACUCACAACUUUGCCUUCAGGCAAUUUUCUUGCGGCAAUAGCAAAUGCAUUUAGCUCCACAAAUUACCUACCAUUAGCUGCCAUGCUCAUUGCUACGUCAAGUCCACUGGCCAUUGACCGCCACUCCAUUUCAGCAAUUCAUAUAAACUAUUCAAAGAGCUUCUGGGAGGCUAUUCAUCCCAAAUCUCCCAGCUAGAGUCUACAGGGAGAAAUAAAAUGGGCUGAACCCACAAAGAGAAAGUGUUAAAUGUGAAAUUAUAUGAGCCUUGAUAAGGCUAUAGCGCUUUGCAUGUCCACAUUGGCUAGGCCAUGGGUAGGCAAACUAAGGCCCAGGGGCCAGAUCCGGCCCAAUCGCCUGCUCCAUCCGGUCCAUGGACGGUCCAGGAAAUAGCGUGUUUUUACAUGAGUAGAAGGUGUCCUUUUAUUUAAAAUGCAUCUCUGGGUUAUUUGCGGGGCAUAGGAAUUCGUUCAUUCCACCCCCCCAAAUAUAGUCCAGCCCCCCACAAGGUCUGAGGGACAGUGAACCGGCGCCCCCUGCUGUAAAAGUUUGCUGACCCCUGGGCUAGGCUGAUGUCACAAUUGAAUUUUAUUACCCCCCCCCCAAUAAUCCACAUAAAUUAGGCCCAGUAAAAAAAACCCCCACAGGAGGACAGCACAGGUAACAAAAACUGGACAGCAAUGGUUUAAUGAGGAUGUCUUGUAGAAAAUCAGUAUACCCUGAAGUUCUACUCAAGAUUGUGGGGUCCUCUGGAAGAAUAUGGGAGGCACCACAGCGCAGCUGGGAGAGGAAGCCCAAAAAAGCCAAACCAAAAUUAUCCCGAGAUCUAGAAGGUACCUUCCCACCUGUCUAUAAGUUGAGGGAGAGGAAAUGGACUUUUCAUUCUCUUAACAGGUGGACAAAGUUCAGGUCAAAGAUUUUAAGAACAGGCUGUGUAAUUUUGUCUUAAUAGAUUCUAGACGAUUUUCCAGGGGACGGCGAAUUGCAUAUCAGGUAUGUCUUAUUCCCUGCGUGAGACACUUAAUUUUCUGUUUGAGCCCCUUGGAGGUAGGUAAUGACUGGCAAAGAAAAUAAAAUAAAUUUAACUGGCUCUAAAUGAAAGACAGAUGCACACUAAAGAGGGAAGGAGUGUAAGAGAGAAAAAUGUGAGGAAGAGGAGGAGUACAAAACUGAUUUAUCAGAGAAGACCAAGCUGAACAGAUUUUUAACAGCCCUGAUCUUUUACGCAUGUCUUCUCACAAGUAAGUCCCAAUAAAUUUCAUGGAGCUCGCUCCCCGAUAAAGCAUGUUUUAGGCUUGCCAUCUCUGCAGUUUGAAAGAGUAAAAUUACAAAGUGUCAGUGGCCAAAGUCACCUGAAAAAAGAGCAUUAUUUUCAGCCAUAAAAUUAGUUUUAAUGGGGGCGGGAUGCAGUGUGGGAUAAGAGGGAGCACUGAUGGGUAAGGAGCAAUGAGGGUACAAAAAUACCUCAGAGGUGAGAUGAAGCAGCACGCCAGCCCAAUAUAUUUUGGCGCCUGAGGCGAACCAUAAAACGGUGCCCCCCCUCCCCUCCAGGGAAGAAGGGAUUGAGUAGAGAUCAACAUAUCAGAAACAAAGGAGGAAUGAAGACCUACAUGGGGAUCUGCCGCCCCUGUGGAUUGUGCCGCCUGAGGUGGUCACCUCGCUGUGCCUCAUGAGUGGGCCGGCCCUGGGUAGGACAAAGGAGUAACACUGUAAUGGAAGGAAAAGAGAAAAAUCUGAUAUUAUAUUAGUCAGUCUAAGAAGUGGAACAUGGUAGUGUAGCCAUCUGUGUGUGUGUGUGUGUGUGUGUGUAAUCUAAUCCAUCUAAUACCUAUCAUCUAUCUAUCUAUCUAUCUAUCUAUCUAUCUAUCUAUCAUCUAUCUAUCUAUCUCUAUCCUUGCUCCUCAAAACAGAAGUGACACCAUUGGUUUUUUCAUUGCAUUUUUCCUUCCCCCACCCCCAAAGAACUUCCACAGGUUUUUUAAGAAUGUUAUCCUGAUGAUCAAGGUAUGUCGGUGCUUCCGGCGUGGACUGAAAGGAUUCUCAUGUUUUCACCUGGUAGAGAAAGACACUCGUGGGGUGAUUGAGGAAGUAAGGAAUAUCGCAAAACACACACACACAAAAAUACCUCAACCAAAAGUCUUGUAUUUACGAUUGCUCUCGUUCCUCAUUGGUGCUUUUUCUAUUUAAUAAAAUAAUGAUGAUUGCCUGAGCCUUUGAAGCAGAGGUUGAGGAACCUGCUGAAAUCAUAGAAUAGAAACACAGUAAGAUUCUCUGUAAGUUGGAAGGGACCCCAAGGGUCAUCUAGUCCAACCCCCUGGGAUGCAGUAAUCUCAACGUGCCAUUCGCCCAUCCAAUUUGAAACUGCAGCGGACCUUGCGUAGCUUAUAAGUCCUUAAAGGGUCAUAAAGGGGUAAAGGUAAAGGUACCCCUGACUGUUAGGUCCAGUUGCGAACGACUCUGGAGUUGCGGUGCUCAUCUCACUUUAUUGGCUGAGGGAGCCGGCGUACAGCUUCCGGGUCAUGUGGCCAGCAUGACUAAGCCGCUUCUGGCGAACCAGAGCAGUGCACGGAAACGCCGUUUACCUUCCCGCCAGAGUGGUACCUAUUUAUCUACUUGCACUUUGACGUGCUUUCGAACUGCUAGGUUGGCAGGAGCAGGGACCGAGCAACAGGAGCUCACCCCAUCAUGGGGAUUCGAACCGCCGACCUUCUGAUCGGCAAGUCCUAGGCUCUGUGGUUUAACCCACAGCACCACCCGCGUCCCUAGAAAUACUCUCUGCGUUGCCCAGGAAACAAACCCGGGUCAACUGCUUAGAAAGCAGCUAUGCUCACCACUAUACCACCAAUGCUAAAGGGUCAUAGGACUUCUUAAUUAUAAUAAAAUUAUUUAAAAGAGCUAACGUACUUAAGCUUUUUCUUCUUGUGUGAUGCAUAAUGAAAUUAACUGCAGCUUGUUGUCUAACUUACAGGACAAGAAAACUGCCAAUGCUGUGUUUGAUCGCCAUGAGUUCAGUGUUUCAAAGGUCAGGACAAACCAUCUUAUGUCUUUUCUUGCCCUUACAGUAACAGUAGGCAUUUGUGUUUGUAGGUUUAGUUCAGUUGCUUGAAUAUAACCGUUUGGUGUGUUUUGCUAUUACUGGGGAAAGUGGCUUAAUAAGCUAAGGGUGACACUGCUUCUUCCUUGAGAAGUGGUCUUUGAAUACAUCGCCCUGCCUGCUUCCUCAUCCAUGAUGUGGCUCACCUUAGCACAAUCCUGAAAUGCUCUUUUGCUUCCCAAGUGACCUCCUGAAAUAUGCUCGGAGUCGAGAGUGGACUUCAUGCUCUUUAUUCAGCUCAUAGUGGUGAGAAGGAAUGGAAGUUCCCCCAGAAUGUCUGCUUUAUAUACAUUAUUUACACAAUGGGCCCCACGUGAUUGGCUAUUUCCGGGAUUCACCUGUAGGCCAAUCAGGUUGCGGAUUCACUUCCACCUGGAGCUGGAUUGAGUGGCUCCUGUAGACUAAUCAGACUGCUGCAUUCUGGAUCCUAUUGUUCUAGGACCAAUCAGACUGCUGCAUUCUGAAUCCUAUUGUUCUAGGACCAAUCAGACUGCUGCAUUUUGGAUCCUAUUCAACUCAGUACAUAACACCUCCCCACCAUGAGAUCAAAGCAGAGGCCGUUUUGAAGCAUCACCACUGAAGAAGAAGAAGAAGAAGAAAAGUUGAGAGAUUGCGGGACCUCCGUGGUGUGAUUCACACCCAAAGAUCUACACGUAGGAGGAGAGAGCGUCAGUCAGCAAUGCCAUGGGGUAGGGCUUGGAGGCAGGGCCAGAUUUAGGUUUGAUGAGGCCCUAAGCUACUGAAGGUAAUGGGGGCCUUUAUAUGCCCAGCUGUCCUUUGUCAACAACAAAUUGUCGCUGUUUUUUGUCUUGAAUAUAUGCUAUAUGGUAAUUUAUGGACCUAAUAGCUAUCUAAAGCCAUUUGCACAUGUUUCCAUGCGACCAGUCCAUGCAGAAUGUAGGCACCCUAUAUAUAAAGGUAAAGGGACCCCUGACCGUUAGGUCCAGUCGUGACCGACUCUGGGGUUGCGGCGCUCAUCUCGCUUUAUUGGCCGAGGGAGGCAGCGUACAGCUUCCGGGUCAUGUGGUCAGCAUGACUAAGCCGCUUCUGGCAAACCAGAGCAGUGCACGGAAACGCCGUUUACCUUCCCGCCGGAGCAGUACCUAUUUAUCUACUUGCACUUUGACGUGCUUUUGAACUGCUAGCUGGGCAGGAGCUCACCCCGAGCAAUGGGAGCUCACCCCGUCGCAGGGAUUCGAACCACCAACCUUCUGAUCGGCAAGUCCUAGGCUCUCUGGUUUAACCCACAGCGCCACCUGUGUCCUGACCCUAUAUAUAGAAAUGAGCAAACCAGUGAUAUUUAAGGGAGCAGGCUAGCAGGCGGGGGCCCAUGACUUACAUCAUAGGAACCUACACAACACAAAACACUGUUGCUGUAUUCAGGUUUUAUUUUAUUUAUGGUUUUUUUAUCUUAUAUUUUGGAAAUGUACAUCCAGGGGUUUUUUUUCUUUAAAUUUUUUGGGCCCCCCAAGAGAGUGGGGCCCUAAGCUAUAGCUUGUUUAGCUUAUACGUAAAUACGGCACUGCUGGGGGAGGGGCAGGAGUCCAGGGAUGCACCUAGCAGAGGAAACAGGAGGGCUCCCAUAUGUACUAGCUUCAACUCAACUAAAAAUAACAAAGAAGUUGACAAACGGCUCCAUACUUAAGAAUCUCUGGAUGGACAUGUAAAAGGGUAAAAGAGUGUUGGAAAAUGAUUUAUAAUGAAUUUAACAAAAUGUUUAAAAUUACUCCCCUCCCCCACCCAAACCAGAGUCCUUUCUGUUGGGGAUAACCCAGACUGAAAUUCCCAGGUGUCAGAAAAGGUGAUUUAUGUAUGUAACAACUGCCCCCCGUGUUUUGUUAGCCCCCAAAUGGAAAAUGAGCAAGGUCUCAAACAUAAAAAAAUUGGCAACUUACCGUAUUUUUCUGUGUAUUGGACACCCCCAUGUAUAGGACGCCCCCUAUUUUUGGCGACCCCAAAUUAAGAAAAUGGGGGGAAAUUGCCCUGACUUGUUGAAAUUUGUGGGGGGAGGGGAGUGUUAUGUACUGAAGUUCUCACCCUGGGCCAGUAGGGGGUUACUGUAUAUAGUUUUCACUCAGGUCCACAUAUGCAAAUAAGGGCUUGAAAGUGACGUUCAGUGAUUGGAUAGUUACGGAAAAUGGUUACUGUUACGUUCUAGUGGAGCUGUAUAUAGAGCAGGCUGGCUGAACCCUUCAGUUCAGUUCUGUUCUGGCCUGUGAAUAAACAAGAGCUGUUUGAAGAAUCACUGUGUGGUCUGAUAUGUUCACCCACAACUUAACAGGGAGGAUUGCCCAGAGGCUAACAGCCCCAGGCAUCUAACAGGUCGCCUAUCAGCCGUUCCCUCGCUGGCAGUUGCUGAGCUUUGAGGGGGGGCAGAGUUGAGCUUUUGGGGGUGGGAAAGAGUGGUGAAGCUUUUUUUCAAUUACUUUAAGCACUUUCCGCGGAGCCUCCAUACAGUAUUCUGCUUGCCUCCUCCCACUCUGCCUGCCCUACAGCGGAGAGAGAGGCUGUAGGCAGUCCGUUUUUGCCAUGCGGUGUCUUCGCGCGGCUCCAUUUGUGUGCAGGCAGCGCAACGUUACACAGGAGGAGCGUGGCGAUUGACGUAAUAUCCCCACUCUGCGCCUUUAACAUCCCCCCAAAAGCUUCUCUUCUUACUAUAUUAAGGCACAAUGUUUUGCUGAUGUUAAAACCUCGCCUUAUAGACGGAAAAAUGCAGUAAGUUGACAGAAUAUGCACAACUUGCAGACUUGACAUAUAGAAUAAGAAAACAAGAAGAAUGUACAUUUAAAGAAAAUGGGAAAAUGUUUAUUGAAUAUAUGGAAAAUAAUUGUGUACAGCUGAAAACGCUGGCAGCGUUAAGACAACAGUGUAAAUAAGUUUUGAUGGAUGUAACAAUGGAAAAACCGAUUGAUACAGUUUUUGUAAAAUAUGCAGGGAUAUAAGAUACGCAAAAUGAACCAUGGAAAGGGAGGAAGGGAAGCCAUGGAUAUCUUACGUAUGUAAAAUGUUUAUCUGACAUUGUAAAACAGAAAAUUUAAUAAAAAAUCAUAAUAAAAAAUGCAGCCAUUGCUUUCUCAGUUGAAUUGUGAUUCUCAGUGUAAGACAAUCUCGUGGACAGCUGUAUAAAAUGUUCUGCAGGUGCACCUAAAAGGCAAGAAGAAGGUCAUUUGGUUUUAUAUCCUGAGAAGAAAAAUAAUGCUCCAGUCUGUCGGGAGCAUAGGAAUGCCUUCGCUGACCCACAUAAAUGUUCUUGUCUAUUAAUCUAAACGGUGUUUGGUAUCUUCACAGGAGCAUUUUCCUUUUAAAGCAAUCCAAAUCACCAAGAAGCCACCAGCGUGGAGGACUGAUUCUGAAAUAAAACAUUUGCAGAACCGCUUGCAGUUCGUGGAAAGCUUUCGACAGUAUAGUCCAACCCUGCAAAGUCUUCUGGCCAAAGUGAUUCGCUUCGAACGGUAACCGGAAGGGUGGCGAUGGUGGGCUUUGUAGCAAUCCAAUGUAUUUCUGUAAUUUGAUUUCAUCUUUCUGAAUUGUCCAGAGAUCUAAAUUCUAAUACCAAUACCCUGAAACGGGCUUGGUAGCUAGCGGCGGAGCAACAUGCUGCAACCCCUGGAGCGGAGAACAGGCAGGGGCAUGGCUGACACCCUUUCCCCAAAUGGUACCUGUUAAGUUGUGGGUGAACAUAUCAGACGACACAGCGAUUCUUCAAACAGCUCUUGUUUAUUCACAGGCCCAGAACAGAACUGGGCUGAAGGGUUCAGCCAGCCUGCUUAUAUAGAACUCAACUACAAAGCAACAGUAACCAUUUUCUGUAGCUAUCCAAUCACUGAAUGUCACUUUCAAUUCCUUAUUUGCAUAUGUGGACCUGAGUGAAAACUAUCUACAGUAUCCCCCUGCUGGCCCAAGGUGAGAACUUCAGUGCAUAACAGUACGGUGGCGCUCCCGAGUCCCCCCUUUGUACGCCAGUGCUGGUAGCUCACAGGCACUGCUUGCAGGAUUGCUAUUAUGCGGUCCCGUACUUACCGUAUUUUUUGCUCUAUAAGACUCACUUUUUUCCACCUAAAAAGUAAGGGGAAAUGUGUAUAUGUCUUAUGGAGCGAAUGCAGGCUGCGCAGCUAUCCCAGAAGCCAGAACAGCAAGAGGGAUUGCUGCUUUCACUGUGCAGCGAUCCCUCUUGCUGUUCUGGCUUCUGAGAUUCAGAAUAUUUUUUUUCUUGUUUUCCUCCUCCAAAAACUAGGUGUGUCUUGUGGUCUGGUGCGUCUUAUAGAGCGAAAAAUACGGUGCCCCUUGCAGUAGUCAGGUGGGCACAUUCUGCGCCAGCUGCAGCUCCCCGGCUGUUUUGAAGCGCGGCGCUUGCAAUGCCCAUCGCAAUAAACCACACUCAUGCGCGUUUAAAUAUCUGGGAUUGAUUUAUUCAGAAACGGCAUCUUGGAAUACACACUCAUGCGGUUACCAGGGGAUGGGUUGCUGAAGCUGGUUCGAUCCUGGUCCAAAAAGAGCUAGAGCUAGAUCUGGAAGUCUCAGUUUAAAAAAGAGGCCCACCAGCUCCUCUGCCUGCCAGCCUUGAGUCGAGAAGGCCAGGCUAGCUGGUGCCACUAUUGCCCACCAGCUUGGCAAUCUGCUUCUGCUGCUUCUGGCAGUGCCAGUUAACAUGGAGAGUCAGCCCAGCCGCAGGGAGAAGAAAGUAGGGGCUGGCAGGCCUCUGCCACUAUUGCUUGGCACGAAGAAUGGCAGAAGGAACAGUGUGGGAUUGAGGAAGGCGCCCAGAAGUGGCUCUCUGGUGAUCUCAUGGUCUAUUCAGACUCUCCAAGUGCCCCUAUUUCCCAGGGACAGCCCCCAAUUUACAAAAGCCGUCCCAGUUUCUGAUUUGAUCCUAGAACAUCCUUUUCUUAAAGGUAAAGGGACCCCUGACCGUUAGGUCCAGUCGUGACCGACUCUGGAGUUGCGGUGCUCAUCUCGCUUUACUGGCCGAGGAAGCCGGCGCACAGCUUCUGGGUUAUGUGGCCAGCAUGACUAAGCCGCUUCUGGCGAACCAGAGCAGCGCACGGAAACACCGUUUACCUUCCCGCCGGAGUGAUACCGAUUUAUCUACUUGCACUUUGAUGUGCUUUCAAACUGCUAGGUUGGCAGGAGCUGGGACCGAACAAGGAGUGCUUUCCCCGUCACGGGGAUUCGAACCGCCGACCUUCUGAUCAGCAAGCCCUAGGCUCUGUGGUUUAACCCACAGCGCCACCUGCGUCCUGGUAUCCUUUCCUUAGGGUGUCCCUAUUUUCUUCUGAGAAAUGUUGGAGGGUAUGGAGUUAUUUGACUCCCGAGCCGUCUGAAGGCAGCCCUGUAUAGGGAAGUUUUUUUAAAAAAAUGUUUAUUGUUUAUUAUGUUUUUAUAUAUCUUGGAAGCCGCCCAGAGUGGCUGGGGCAACCCGGUAGAUGGGCUGAGUAUCAAUAGUAAAAUUAUUAUUCUGGAAUAGGACGUCCCUAUUUUUAUUGGCGCUGUGGCCAUGCCAGUGGCGCUGUGGUCUAAACCACUGAUCCUCUUGGGCUUGCCGAUUGGAAGGUUGGCGGUUCGAAUCCCCGCGACGUUGUGAGCUCCCGUUGCUUUGUCCCAGCUCCUGCCAACCUAGCAGUUCGAAAGCACACCAGUGCAAGUAGAUAAAUAUGUACCGCUCUGGCGGGAAAGUAAACGGCGUUUCCAUGCGCUGCUCUGGUUUCGCCAGAAGCGGCUUAGUCAUGCUGGCCACAUGACCUGGAAAAACUGUCUGCGGACAAAUGUCGUCUCCCUUGGCCAGUAAAGUGAGAUGAGUGCCGCAAUCCCAGAGUCGUUCGCGACUGGACUUAACUGUCAAGGGUCCUUUACCUUUACCUUGUUUAUUUUUAUUGGAGAAAUGUUGGAGGGUAUGUCUAUAGCAGCUGCAUAAGAUCUAAUGGGUUACCGAGGAGGAGAGCAGGGAGCAGGGUUUGGCAAGCAGCAGAAUCAGGGACUCAGCCCCCAGUUCAAACAUAAACCGGGGAUGUUGCUUUUUAAAUUGGAGUCAACUUCCGUGCUUAAAAAGUCCAGGAGUGGUUUGCUGUAUGCGGCAGACCGCAUGACAAAGUGUGGAUUGUACAGUUACUAAUGGGAUUUGUGUACAACUCAGUCUAAAUAUACCAUUCCUACACAGGUGGCACUGUGGUCUAAACCACUGAGCCUCUUGGGCUUGCCAAUCAGAAGGUUGGCGGUUCAAAUCCCCGCAAUGGAGUGAGCUCCCGUUGCUCUGUCCCAGCUCCUGCCAACCUAGCAGUUCGAAAGCACGUCAGAGUGCAAGUAGAUAAAUAGGUAUCACAGUGGCGGGAAGGUAAACAGCAUUUCCGUGUGCUCUGGUUUCCAUUACGGUGUCCCAUUGUGCCAGAAGCAGUUUAGUUAUGCUGACCACAUGAUCCAGAAAGCUGUCUGUGGACAAACGCCGGCUCCCUCGGCCUGAAAGCGAGAUGAGCACCGCAACCCCAUAGACUGGACGUAACUGUCCAGGGGUCCUUUACCUUUACCUUUUUUUUACCUAUGUUGCUUCUGUAAGCAGACGUCUUUCGGUUCAGGUAUAUUUCCACUAGCUAAUGAUCUUUGUCCGGUUGUCUGCUUUCUAGGUUUGGUCGCAGGAGAGUCAUCAUCAAAAAGGGACACCAGGCAGACAGUUUCUACUUCAUCUAUUGUGGUUCCGUUGCUAUCACUGAUGAUGAGGAUGGUAGCAGCGCGUUUGUAGAAGCUGCUCCGACUACAGUUCGGAGAGGUGCUUGUUUUGGUGUAAGUGCUAAUCUGUAAGAAUAAGAUUAUUAAUAAUACUAAUAUUAUUAUUUAUACCCCACCCAUCUGGCUGGCUUUCCCCAGUCACUCUGGGCAGCUUACAGGACAUUAAAAAUGAUAAAACAUUAGACAUUUAAAAUUUCCUGAUACAGGUGAUGUCUUUUAGAUGUCUUCUAAAAGUCAGAUGUUUGUUUAUUUCCUUGACAUCGGGUGGGAGGGUGCUCCAUAGGGCGGGUGCCACUACUGAGAAGGCCCUCUGCCUGGUUCCCAGUAACCUCACUUCUUGCAGUGAGGGAACCACCAGAAGGCCCUCGGAACAGGACCUCCGUGUCUGGGCUGAACGAUGGGGGUGGAGACACUCCUUCAGCUAUAGUGGGCCGAGGCUGUUUAGGGCUUUAAAGAUCAGCGCCAACACUUUGAAUUGUGCUCGGAAACGUACUGGGAGCCAAUGCAGAUCUCUCAGGACCGGUGUUAUGUGGUCUCGGCAGCCGCUCCCAGUCACCCAUCCCAGCUGCCGCAUUCUGGAUUAAUCAUCCAUUUCAGAAUUUAUAUAUAUUUUUUAAUGCAUGGACCUUUACAUCAACAUGGAAUCCCAGGAUCUGAGUUCUGUUCUGGUACUCAGAACAAAUUCUCAGAUAGAGAGGGGUAGGGCAAACAGAAAAAUUAGAGUCUAGGAAAGCAGAGCAGUAACCAGAGAAGGAGAAAAACUGCUGUGAAAAGAGCAGAGGUGCUGUGGAAACAAUGGUUUAGAGGUGUAAGCCACAGCGGGCAAGAGAAAAGCAUACCCCCUAACAUUUCUCCAAUGAAAAUAGGGGCGUCCUAUUCAAUAAUAUUCAAUAAUAGUGGGACGCUGUGGUGCUGUGGGUUAAACCACAGAGCUUAGGAUCAGAAGGUUGGCGGUUUGAAUCCCUGCGACGGGGUGAGCUCCCGUUGCUCGGUCCCUGCUCCUGCCAACCUAGCAGUUCGAAAGCAUGUCAAAGUGCAAGUAGAUAAAUAGAUACCGCUCCAGCAGGAAGGUAAAUGGCAUUUCCGUGCACUGCUCUGGUUUGCCAGAAGCGGCUUAGUCAUGCUGGUCGCAUGACCCGGAAGCUCCCUCGGCCGAUAAAGCGAGAUGAGCGCCGCAACCCCAGAGUCGGCCACGACUGGACCUAACGGUCAGGGGUCCCUUUACCUUUUCCUAUUCAAUACUAAUAAUAAUACUUUUAUUAUUUAUACCCUGCCCAUAUGACUGGGUUGCCUCAGCCACUUUGGUUGGCUUCCAACAUAUAUAAAGACAUAAAACAUUAAACAACUUCCCUGUACAGGGCUGCCUUCAGAUGUCUUCUAAAGAUUGUAUAGUUACUUAUCUCCUUGGCUCCGCGGUCGCAUAACUCCAUACUGUUAAGUUGUGGGUGAACAUAUCAGACGACACAGCGAUUCUUCAAACAUCUCUUUAUUUGUAAGCUGGAACAGAACUGAACCGCAAACAGCUCAGCCGGCCUGCUUUCAUAGGCAGCCGGCUGUCAACAUUGUAGCAACAACAAGCCAGGGUUUCCCGCCUAAGGUCACUGACGUGGACCUGAGUGAAAACUAUCUACACGAUACUCCUGGUGGCCAGGGUAAGAACUUCAAUACAUAACACAUACCCUCCAACGUUUCUCUGUUGAAAGUAGGGAUGUCCUGAGGAAAAGCGGGAGGUGGAUAAGGAAAGAAAAAAUGGUGAGAGACUAGGAAGAGAUAGAUUACACACACUACACUUGAUCUUAGCCAAAAGGCCGAGAAGCGUUGGCACUAUGGUUGAAUUACAGGGUUUUACAAGUUACACUCAACCAGCUCUUAAAACUGUAAAGUAUGGAAGGCCUAGUGGGGGGCUGGCGGUGCUGGUGUCAACCUCUCUUAAUGUAUCAAUUCAACAGUGUCCCUCGUUGACCACCCCUAAUUUUUAGUGUUGUCCCUUUCUGAUAGUCUCCUGAGAAAUACUUAUUGCAUAUGUGUGUAUAUACCUCCAGUAAAGUCUUGUGGGGAACUGAGAUCAUAUUGGGAUAAACUUGACCAACUACUCGAAAGUAUAGACUCUCUGUCACCUAACCCUCAGUUUAUCUUGGGAGGUGACUUCAAUGCCCGGAUCGGCCUUGUUUCUCCACAAAAUACAAUAUUAUCUGGUCUAAACUUGGAGGACGAACCUGAAAUCUGUCAGAGGGCAGCAAUGGACACCACCCCUAAUCGCGCUAGGAAGAGAUAGUAGAACUAUGCAUUGCUAAGAACCGCAAAGUGAAGAAACCUAGAUUGACUUGAAAUAUCACUGGCUGUAGGCACCUACUGUGCUGUGCUACCCAGAUUCAUUCCUAUCUUCCUGCUUAUUAUUAGGAAAUUGCCCUUUUGCAAAACACAAGGAGGGUCGCCACUGUUGUCUGCCUGGAGGAAACGGAACUGUUGGUGGUGGACAAAAGUGACUUUUUUGCCUACGAGCUAGACAAGGAACUUAACCGAGAGUUCAAAAACCGAUAUGAAUUCCUGAGGUAACGUAUCCCUGCGUAACUCUGUACCACUGCUUCUCUGCAUCAUUCCUUUCCCUCUCGUGUCCCUUUGCCCUCUUCCCGGCUCCUUUAAAAAGCCGAGCUUUGCGUCACAACCUCUAAUGACAAUGUGUAUUUAAGCUUUUUCACCGUGAGUGCAUGGAACGUGGGUGGCGCUGUGGUCUAAACCACUGAGCCUUGGGCUUGCCAAUCAAAAGGUUGGUGGUUUGAAUCCCUGCGACGGGGUGAGCUCCCAUUGCUCAGUCCUAGCUCCUGCCAACCUAGCAGUUCGAAAGCACCCCAAAAAGUGCAAGUAGAUUAAUAGAUGCCGGGAAGGUAAACAACGUUUCUGUGCGCUGCUCUGGUUUCGGUGUUCCAUUGCGCCAGAAGCGGCUUAGUCAUGCUGGCCACAUGACCCGGAAGCUGUACGCCGGCUCCCUUGGCCUGUAAAGCGAGAUGAGUGCCGCAACCCCAGAGUCGUCUGCAACUGGACUUAACUGUCAGAGGUCCUUUACCUUUACAGUGAGUGCAUCCUUAUGUGAUACAGUGGUACCUCUGGUGAAGAACUUAAUUUGUCCUGGAGGUCCGUUCUUAACCUGAAACUGUUCUUAACCUGAGGUACCACUUUAGCUAAUGGGGUCUCCUGCUGCCACCGCACUGUGGCGGUGCAAUUUCUGUUCUCAUGCUGAAGCAAAGUUCUUAACCUGAGGUACAGUGGUACCUCAGGUUACAAACACUUUGGGUUACAGACACCGCUAACGCAGAAGUAGUACCUUGGGUUAAGAACUUUACCUCAGGAUGAGAACAGAAAUCGCUCGCCGGUGGCAGCAGGAGGCCCCAUUAGCUAAAGUGGUACCUCAGGUUAAGAACAGUUUCAGGUUAAGAACGGAUCUCUGGAACGAAUUAAGUACGUAGCCAGAGGUACCACUGUACUACUUCUGGGUUAGUGGAGUCUGUAACCUGAAGCGUCUGUAACCUGAAGCAUCUGUAACCUGAGAUACCACUGUACAAGAGUGCUUUUACUAUGAAAAGUCUGACUCAGCUGCUGUUCCGUUGUCACAAGAAGCACAGUUCCAAAAAAGAGCUGCUUUAAAAUAAAAUUUAAAAACCUCUUUCCCAAUAAGCGCUGCUCAUUCUGACCCAAUACAGUGGUGCCCCGCAAGACGAAUGCCUCGCAAGACGGAAAACCCGCUAGACGAAAGGGUUUUCCGUUUUUGAGUUGCUUCGCAGGACGAAUUUCCCUAUGGGCUUGCUUCACAAGACGAAAAUGUCUUGCGAGUCUUGAGAUUUUUUUUUCGCUUUCCCCCCCCCUUUAUCUAAGCCGCUAAGCCUUUAAUAGCCUUUUAGCAGCUAAUCCGCUAAGCCGAUAAGCCUUUAAUAGCCGCUAAACCGCUAAUAGCGCUAAUCCGUUAAGCCGCUAAUAGGGUUGCUUCGCAAGACGAAAAAACCGCUAGACGAAGACACUCGCGGAACGGAUUAAUUUCGUCUUGCGAGGCACCACUGUAUGCAGAUUCCCAACACUUCCCAGUCCUUUUUCUAUUAUUAUUUUUCUAACACCUCCCUCCUCUCAGGAGUUAAUGUGUAGGCCCAUGCUUACUUGGACACCGAAAUCACGGUUGCCAGCUUGAAACCCUUGCAGAUGAAAGCUCUCCAUGCAUCCCUCCUGUUUUCAGAAGCGUCGACCUUUUCGAAACACUGCCCGAUUCUUCAGUAGCGAAAAUAGCCUACUACUGCAAAAUCGAGAGGUUCCACUAUGGCCAGGUGAUUACUAGCGACAUCACAGAUACGUCCACGAUGAUAUUUAUUACAAAGGUGAGCUCAGCGUGUGAUUAAUCUUUCAUAAUAUGCCUUACUUUCCCAACAGGUGGGGAUGCCACUGUAGCCCUUGGGGGGGGGUCUGUUUCCUUUGGAGGUGCGCAUAUUGGACUAUUGGACGUCAGUUCGGGGGGGGGGAUAUUGUUGUGAAGAGCAUAAUGACCACUCUUUUUUUAAAAAAUAAUUUUUUAUUAAGUUUUCCAUUUAACAAUCCAAUCAUAUCACAUUAAUUAUUCCAAAUUAUACCAAUACAUAUCAUAAAGUCCAAAUAUUUUGCCAAAUUAUAUAUUUUGUUGGGGGUUCCCAUGCUUCGAGUUCAGUAAGGGUCCAGUCAUCUCAUAUUUCUGCAGCUUUUAGUGUUCACCAGUCCUAUCUUUCAGUCUUCUUGAUGUUAUCCUUUUUCUUCUUAAUUGCCUCUGAGUUGUUUCCACAGGCGAGUUAAAGUAAGCAAUAUUAUGCUUCUGUGUGAACUUUAUAAGGCUCUCCCUUUUUUUUUGAAGCUGGUAAGUCUUUUGUUUGCAAUAAAUUCUCACACGCUGAUCCAAAAGUCCUUCUCGAGCGCCAGAUGCCAUCAUUCUCAGCUCCGAUGAAAUAAAAUCUAGGCGUUUGCUCAUUAAUUUUCCCAGACAGGUUGCAUCAUAAAUUAAGCUUUCCAGGGAAGAAUCUGCCAAGUCGAACUUAAAAUACAAACAUGAUAACAAAGUAGUGGCUCGCCUCCCCCUGUGCCUAUUAAUCUCGCAACGAAGUCUGUCUCAUAAUGGCGGAUCCCGAUUAAAAACUGCGUCACAAGAGAGCCCUUUGUUUUCUUUCCAGAUCUUUCAAAAAACAAAGGCUUUAGUUGAUAUUUUUAUUUCCACAAAGUUUAUUUUCCAAUCUCACUUCUUAUAAGUUGUAUGACAGUUCUUCAGGUGGCGGGGGGGGGGUUGUUAGGUAAUAUUGUAAUAAAAAGAAGAAAAAGUCCCCCCCCCCUUUCCGUUCCAUUUCAACAUACUGGCAUAGAUGUUACUCUUUGAUGUUAUCUUCUGUCCAGUCCAUUCCAUCACUCUUAACUUCUCAGUGGCAGGCUUAAUUAGCAGCUAACAUACACUUUUCUUCGCAUGAAGCAUGUGCAAUAACUUUUAUAUCCAAUUUUUUAUCUUAAGUAAUGCAACUAGAGUCACUCAGAAACAAUGUCCGGGAGAUCCGAACUCACUCGAGGGCUUUCCGUCCAGUGCCCUCACCCCCUCCUUCUUUCGAACUCGGGGGUGAUUUAUGGGCAACCGCGGACGAGGCUGCAUCUUCCCUUCUACCGGGAAGAAUUUGGGAGGCUGAUUUACUCCCAUCAUCAGCCCCUUAAUUACCUCGUGCGAGCUGGAGAGAUGGUAUUGUCGGCCAUCUUCCAAGGCGCCCCUAGCGGCCCCCCAUAAUGACCACUCUUCACAUCAAAAAGAGGGCGCCCUUUGCAUGCCCGCGCGCAACUCCCCUCAUCCUCCGUGACCCCUCAGAACACUCCUGGACCACCUCCCCAAGUCACAAACCUUGAGGUUCCCACCAAACCUCAGUUCAAAUAAAAAAAGUCAAUCCUUUAUUAGUCAUAGCAAACCACACAUUAUCAAACAAACACCGUACACAAAUUGUGCAAAAUAUGAAUUCGGCAUAACAAGGUUUGUCCCUGUCAGAUCUUUAACUCCAGAGAAAAUCAAUUUGCAUAAAUAAUACAGUAUAACACUACCACAUCACCGAUCAAUUAAGAACCACUAAAUCUCUUUAUAACGGCCCAGUCUUUCUACAUGGACAGCACUCAAAAAUUCAGCCACUAUUAAAGUACCGUAUUUUUCGCUCUAUAAGAAGCACCAGACCACAAGACGCACCUAGUUUUUGGAGGAGGAAAACAAGAAAAAAAAUAUUCUGAAUCUCAGAAGCCAGAACAGCAAGAGGGAUCGCUGCGCAGUGAAAGCAGCAAUCCCUCUUGCUGUUUUGGCUUCUGGGAUAGCUGCACAGACUGCAUUCGCUCCAUAAGAUGCACACACAUUUCCCCUUACUUUUUAGGAGGCAAAAAGUGAGUCUUAUAGAGCAAAAAAUACGGUAAUUAUAUGGCAAGUAGGGCAAGAAUACAUUAAGAAUAUAACAAGAAUACAAAGCUGAAGCUGAAUGAACUGCAGCUAAAAUAUUAUGUUCAUUUUUCACAUAGUCUAGUCCUUCCCCUGCCCACCCGUCUAAUAUUCUUAAGGGGGUCUCUUCUCCAGUCUUUAGAGAGUAGCUGGAAGUGGGGAGGCAGAAAAUGGUCCUCCUUUCCUUCCACUCUGCAGUUUAAUCUGAAAUCUUAGGCACAGUCCUGUGCCCAGAGCUCAGAAAAUGCUCGCGCUCAUGAAAUUCCCUCUUCCAAAAUGUGCCUAGAACAAUAGGAGUUUCAAACACUGGUAUUUUGGCACAUGAGGCAGAAAAUCUCACAAGUGCCUCUCUGUGUCGCAAGAACAACAAAUUGCUGUCCGUUGAUGAUAUCCAAGAAUAGGCCACUUCGUUCUGUCUCAUACUAGGGCCAACCUUGGUGGAAUGUGAUGCUGGACAAAGGGAAAGAGUUAGCAUGAUGCCCUGGUAGGGUUAGAACUAAGGUUUCAGCUUCUAAUUUAGUUCAUCGGAGUAAUCAAUUCAAUAUCCUUUUAAUCUAGCGCCCAUGAUUAAUUAGGCAACUCCCCCCUGCCAAAAAAUGUAAAUUAUCUUCUUAAGAAGACACUGUAGAUGGCAGUACAGUCAAACCUCAGCUCCUGGACGGCUCUGUUUUUGUUUUUUCAAAUUUUUUUAUUGAUUUUCCAAAUUUAUAAACAGACAAACAAACAUAAAUCCUAACUGUAGUUAUUCCACUAUUAUUAACAUUGUUAGGUGACUUCCUCAAAUCCUCCUAGCUGAAUUUCAAUGUAUAUCAUUGUAACAAUUUUCCAAAACUAAUUUCUCAUAAAAUUUACUUAAUCAGUUACCGUAACUUCUUUCUUACUUUUCAUAUAAACUUUAAACAUAUUAUUAUAUAAAAUCACAUAUUUAAAUCCUGAGCCAAUCUGGUAUUUGCAAGUAUUUCUAUUUAAGUUAUCUUAGGAUAUUUAGCUAAACAUUCUUUAAAUUUCCUCCAUUUUUCCUGGUACUCCUCCUCCUUCUGGUCGCGGACUCUUCCGGUCAGAUCGGCUAGCUCCCAAAAGUCCAUCAUCUUCAUCGGACGGCUCUGUUUUUGAAUGAUUCAGCUCCCGAACCCCAAAACCCGGAAGUAAAUGGUCCAUUUUUCGAACAUUUUUCAGGAGCUGAACAUCCAACACAGUUUCCUCUUGAGUGCAGGAAGCUCCUGCAACCAAUCAGAAGUCACGCCUCGGUUGUCGAAUGUUUCGGAAGCCAAACAAGCUUCUGGAAUGGACUACCGUAUUUUUCGCUCUACAAGACGCACCAGACCAUAAGACGCACCAAGUUUUUGGAGGAGGAAAACAAGAAAAAAAAUAUUCUGAAUCCCAGAAGCCAGAACAGGAAGAGGGAUCGCUGCGCAGUGAAAGCAGCAAUCCCUCUUGCUGUUCUGGCUUCUGGGAUAGCUGCGCAGCCUGCAUAUGCUCCAUAACACACACACACAUUUCCCCUUACUUUUUAGGAGGGGAAAAGUGAGUCUUAUAGAGCAAAAAAUAUGGUACGUUUGACAACCGAGGUUUGACUGUAUUCCUCGGGAAACUUCCUAUAAACUGCCAAGGUUUAUACAUCAGGUCAAUUUGUUUUCCUCCUCUGCCAUCCUCUGUGUUCUAAUCUUGGGAAGAUGUGCAUAGCUAUGGGCCCUUAUGAUCAACUCAGCAGUAGUUUUUUCUGUCGUUUCAUCAGGGUGUGUGCGAGGUUUUGCGACUGGUGGAUCUCAGCACCUGUCCAUCUUACCACAAGUGGAUCUCAAAACAACUGUGUUUCCCCAAACGCAAGCUACAAAUGAUGGAGAAGCGCCGCAUAGCAGCUGGUAUGUUACGACUUUGCCUUUUUACGCACGUGAUUCACCAGGACUUCUCAGCUGCCAGGAUGGCACCUGGUCUCAGCGCAUAGUCUUGCAGGUGCACAAGGCUACUGCCUUGCUCAAGCUAAAUGGGUUCAGGUCUGGUCAGCUGUUAGAUUGGAGACCAUCUGAGAACCACAUAUACCGUAUUUUUCGCUCUAUAGGAUGCACCCGACCAUAGGACGCACCUUGUUUUAGAGGGGGAGAACAAGAAAAAAAAAUUCUCUCCCUCUCUGCGUAGCGCCCCUUCAGCGAAGCGGCAGGAGAAAUGGAGCCCCUUCCAUUUCUCCUCCCGCUUCGCUGAAGGGGCGCUGCGCAGAGAGGGAAAGCUGUGUAGCGCCUCUCCAGCGAAGCAAAGCCAGGGGAGCAAGAGGGAUCAGUGUGCACUGACCCCUCUUGCUCUCCAGGCUUCAGCAAAAGCAACACAAAGCCUCUGGAGCGCAACGGGAGCGCUCCCACUGCGCUUUGGAGGCUUCGCGUUGCUAUCGCUGAAGCCAUGGAACCUGCAUUCGCUCCAUAAGACGCACACACAUUUCCCCUUAAUUUUUGCAGGGGGAAAAGUGUGUUUUAUAGAGCGAAAAAUACGGUACACAUUGCCGUGAGUUCCAUGAUGGAAAAAUGUAAAUGUGAGAAAUAAUGCAAAAAACAACACAUAAAAUAAUGUUAAUCUUACUUCCCAGAUAUGGUGGUUAUGCUGGUCUCAGUGAAAGAAAUUUAUAAAGUACACAGCGCUAUUCUUCUCGAAGAAGUGGUGCCAGAACUUGUCAGUUUGCAUUUCUUAGUGCAGAAAGUACUGAUCUGAUGUGUAGAGAUCUUUCCUAUUCUAAUUAGUUCCAGAGGGUUCUGGAAGCUUCUCUGUGUGAAAGAAGCAAGCAGAAGGUUCCUGAUGUUUGGGUUAUUCCUUCAGAGAAGCUGAGUACAGCUGGCUUAAACUCGUUCUGUUAUCUCUUCUGCCAAGGUCAUGCUGACUAUAAUACAGUGGUACCUCGGGUUACAUACGCUUCAGGUUACAUACGCUUCAGGUUACAGACUCUGCUAACCCAGAAAUAUUACCUCGGGUUAAGAACUUAGCUUCAGGUUGAGAAUAGAAAUCAUGCACUGGUGGCGCGGCAGCAGCAGGAGGCCCCAUUAGCUAAAGUGGUGCUUCAGGUUAAGAACAGUUUCACGUUAAGAACGGACCUCCGGAACAAAUUAAAUACUUAACCCGAGGUACCACUGUAGUAAGGCCAGAAGGAGCCAGGGUUUCACUUUCACUUUCUAUCUCUCUUCCUUCUGGUGUGUUUUGUACAUAGAAUGCUUAGUGUUAAGGUUUUUAGACUUAUUAUAAGUUAUUGUAAGUUUAAGUUAAGUCUGCUGCAACUGGAUUUUUAUGGACUCCGCCAAUCCUGAAUGUAUUACAUUCGUGACCGUUAUGCUCAUUUGCCUUCAGUAGCAGUAAAGCUCUGUUGGAUGAAAUACAGUUGCCUCUGGUCUAUUUUUUGGGAAUCCUGCAACGUGUUUAAGUUUUUACUCUGCUAACUAUACGUUGGAAUCGGCUCUGUAUCAAUAUCGAGUAGGAUUCAAACUCACCUUGAGCACCUUCCUCAUUCUCCUAGAAGGGCAAUGGGGCCACCUGAGAGGGGCCAGAAAUGCGUUCCAGCGAGUUCUGGCUUGAAAAAGCACUGAUACAUACGCCAAAUCGUGGUUUUUUUAUAUGCAGAAGCAGAAUCAACUCACCAAUUUUGAAUAACUCCAGCUUGUUUUAAUAUUUAUUUCUUAUACAGUCGUACCUCGGGUUACAUAUGCUUCAGGUUACAUACGCUUCAGGUUACAGACUCCGCUAACCCAGAAAUAGUGCUUCAGGUUAAGAACAGAAAUCAGGCUCUGGCGGCGCGGUAGAAGCAGGAGGCCCCAUUAGCUAAAAUGGUGCUUCAGGUUAAGAACAGUUUCAGGUUAAGAACGGACUUCCGGAACGAAUUAAGUACUUAACCUGAGGUACCACUGUAUUCCAGCUUUCUUCCAUUAUAGAUCUUCUUCAACAGUUUUUAAAUCCACACUCCAAAGUUAUAUUGAUUCCAAUUUAACUAUCACAAUGGCCUCAAAGACUCCAGGGCCCUGGGAGAGUGUUCUCAUCGGACACCCCAAAAUCAAGCAAAACGCCAUAAGCAAGAGUCGCUUUCACAUUCUGAGACCUCUCUGUUUGCCUUGGCCAAUGUUCUAGGUCUCCUUUUGCUGAUCUUGGCAGGAAGGCCAUUCCAAGAAAGCUUGGAACCCAAGCAGUAUAGGAUGUGCCAGAACUCUCUUUUCCCACGAAACGGUGCUCUAUGGAGAAGAGAAUAAACAUAAGAUGGAAUAAAAAUAGCAAAACAAAGAAUGGCUGUAGCUGGAAGCUCUCCUAAAUCAAGCAGAAAAGAAAAACAGGCCGACCUUUGCUCACGGCUUUUCGUAGAUGGCAGCAAUUGCAUGGCUUCUAUUUCUAUCCCUCUAUCCCUGGAGCAGAUAUAGCAAAAACUGUAUGUAGGAAGCAGACUGGGAGGAACACGCCAGUGCUUUUUUCUGGGGGUAUUCAGGGGUACGCAUACCCCUAAACAUUUUGUGAACUGUUGGCCUCAUUGAGGGGCUGUGCUGGUCCCGGGGGGUUACAGUGGGGCAUGGUCUGAGUCCAGUCCGAGGUCGAGGGUGUGGAAUGGAGGCUGUCCAUCAAGGCUGAAGCGGGAUCCAAGGCAAGGAGUUGGGUGAGGUCAGGAACUCUGGCAGAAGAGCAGGACAGGGUGCAGGCAGGAACAGGCUAGCAACAACGUUGCUCCCACAACUUGGGACUGGGGCUGGCUGGCUUUUAUCUGCCCCGAGGCAUAGGGCGGCCCCGGUCCACAGGUGACUCGCCUCUCCUGGCCUGGAGGCGAGCACUCUUCCUGCGGGAACUUAGUUCCCUCCGCCUCUCUGCCCUGAGCCUCUGCAGCUCAGGAGAGGCUGGAGGAUUACCGGACCCAGAGGCAACCUCAGCUUCCCCUGACGGGGCUGAGAGUGGAGCACCUGCAGGCAAUGGGUCCUCUAUCACCUGAGGGGCCAGAGCAGAUUCAGCUGGUGCCUGCAGCUGAGGAUCCAGCACAGGUGAGGACCCUUCAGGCUCAUGCCCCAGCCCUGGCUCAGCUGGUUCUGGAGGCGGGGAAUCCUGUGCAGGCUGGGAUCUCUCAGGUUCAGCCUCUGAGUCCGAAUCCCAGGCCAUCACAGGGGCAGUAUUUCAAUAUGAGUAAGAAAAUGAGAGUACCUCUAAAUGUUUUUUUAGCGGGGGGGAGCACUGCAUGGUGUACAUUUAAAUCACACUGCUUCCCCCACAAAGACCUGGAACUGUAGUUUACCCCUAAGAGACCUGCAAUUCCCAUUUCCCUUCACAAUUCCAAGGGUUUGUUGGGGGACGUCAUGUGCUGAAUAUGUGAAGCCCAUUCUUUCCCUCAAUGAAUUCUGGAUCCUAGUUUACCCCUCACAGGGUUAUAGUUCCCAGCAUUCUUGAACAAACUACAAUACCCAGAAUUCUCUGAGGGAAAUAAUAAUAAUAAUAAUAAUAAUAAUAAUAAUUUAUAACAAUUUAUUAUUUAUAGCCCACCCCAUAAUUUGUUUUAAGGGCAUAGUGAGUAUGUACAGUGGUACAGUGGUGCCUCGCAAGACGAAAAGAAUCCGUUCCACGAGUCUCUUCGUCUUGCGGGUUUUUUCGUCUUGCGAAGCAAGCCCAUUAGCGGUUUAGCGGAUUAGCGCUACAGUAUUAGCGGCUUAGCGGGCUUAGCGGAUCAGCUGAUAAGCGGCUUAGCGAUCAGCUGUUAAGCGGCUUAAGGAUCAGCUGAUAAGCGGCUUAACGAUCAGCUGAUAAGCGGCUUAGCGAUCAGCUGUUAAGCGGCUUAGCCGAUCAGCUGAUAAGCGGUUUAGCGGCUUGGGGAAAGGGGGGGGGGGAAGCCCCGCAGGAACUCGCAAGACAUUUUCGUCUUGCGAAGCAAGCACAUAGGAAAUUCGUUUUGCGAAGCACCUCCAAAACGGAAAACCCUUUCGUCUAGCAAGUUUUCCGUCUUGCGAGGCAUUCGUCUUGCAGGGCACCACUGUACCUCGGGUUAAGCACUUAACCUGAAACUGUUCUUAACCUGAGGUACCACUUUAGCUAAUGGGGCCUCCCGCUGCCGCCAUGCUGCCAGAGCACGAUUUCUUUUUUUCAUCCUGAAGCAAAGCUCUUAACCUGAAGCACUAUUUCUGGGUUAGCGGAGUCUGUAGCCUGAAGUGGAUGUAACCUGAAGUGUAUGUAACCUGAGGUACCACUGUACACCAUACUCUCCAAUAUUUCUUUGAUGAAAAUAGGGAUGUCCUAUUCUAUUAUUAUUAUUAUUAUUAUUAAUUAUUUCAUUAAGCACCACUCAUCUGACUGUGUUGCCCCAGCUGCUCUGGGCAGCUUCCAACAUAUAUAAAAACAUAACAAAACAUUUAAAAACUUCUGUAUACAGGGUAGCCUUCAGAUAUCUUCUAAAGAUUGUAACAUAAAGGUAAAGGACCCCUGGACGGUUAAGUCCAGUCAAAGGCAACUAUGGGGUUGUGGCACACAUCUCGCUUUCAGGCUGAGGGAGCCGGCGUUUGUCUACAGACAGUUUUCCGGGUCAUGUGGCCAGCAGGACUAAACCGCUUCUGGGACUCGGGUGUUCCUUGCUUUUUUGUGUGUGGGGGGAACUUUUAACACAACCUUCGUAGAAGUUUCAAAUUUUACAGAAAAAUACCAGAAACGAAAAAAGCAGAAAGAAAAAAGUGCUACCCUUAACUCAUCUACUACAGAAAUCUAAACUUGCAUAAAUUGGCCUCCACACCUUAAUGCAUUUUUUUACACAUUAAGUUUGAAGUAGCCCUUGUUUAAGUUUUUUUGGCAACGCAAACCUAAAGCAUGCAUUCUUACAAUGUCCAUUUGCUUUACAAAUGCCUCUGUUACUCUUUCUGUUCUGCAUUGGACCUAAGCACAAAAGACAACUUAGACUGUAACUUAACACUUACCCUGCUCACCUGGGAAAUAAGCACCAACGUUCAGAAUGUGACAGGUUUAACAGUGGCUAAGAAAGUUAAAUACCUGGGGAUUAAUAUGACAGCAAAAAAUGGGAAUUUAUUCAAACUAUGAAAAAUGCUGGGCUGAAGUGAAAAAAGAUUUAGAAAUUUGGUCAAAUUUGAAGCUUUCACUGCUGGGCCGGAUUGCUGCGGUAAAAAUGAAUGUAUUGCCUAGAAUGUUGUUUUUGUUUCAAACAUUGCAAAUUGUGGACAAAAUGGACUGUUUCAAGAGGUGGCAGAGAGAUAUUUCUAGAUUUGUCUGGCAGGGCAAGAAGCCCAGAAUAAAAUUUAAAAUACUAACAGAUGCAAAGGAAAGAGGUGGAUUUGCCCUGCCAGACCUUAAACUUUAUUAUGAAUCAGCAGCCUUUUGCUGGUUGAAAGAAUGGCUGCUUCUUGAAAACACUGACAUUUUGGAUCUAGAAGGUUUUAACAAUGUAUUUGGAUGGCAUGCAUAUCUGUGGUAUGAUAAGGUCAAAGCCCAUAAAGCAUUUAAAAAUCACAUUGUCAGGAAAGCAUUGUUUAAUGUUUGGAUAAGAUACAAGGAUUUAUUGGAAAACAAAACUCCAAGGUGGUUGUUACCAAUGGAAGCGAAAGCCUUGAAAAAGCUCAAUAUGGAGGUCAAAUGGCCGAAAUAUUGGGAAAUUUUGGAACAAGAUGGAGAUAGACUGAAAUUGCUGAGUUUUGAAAAAUUAAAAAACAAAGUGCGAGACUGGCUUCAUUAUUAUCAGAUAAUGGAGGCAUACAAUUCAGACAAGAAAAUUGGCUUCCAGGUGGAAAAAUCAAAAUUAGAAACAGAACUGUUAGAACCCAAAACUAAGACUUUGUCAAGAAUGUAUAACUUGCUGCUGAAAUGGAACACUCAGGAUGAAAUGGUGAAAUCUGCUAUGAUUAAAUGGGCACAAGACGUUGGACACAACAUUAUGUUCGCUGACUGGGAACAGUUAUGGACCACAGGUAUGAAAUUUACGGCAUGUAAUGCCCUAAGAGAGAAUAUUAUGAAAAUGAUAUACAGGUGGUACAUAACUCCAGUCAAGCUUGCAAAAAUCUACCAUUUGCCCGAUAAUAAAUGUUGGAAAUGUAAAGAAACUGAAGGUACAUUUUUUCACCUUUGGUGGACGUGCCCAAAGAUUAAGGCUUUCUGGGAGAUGAUAUAUAAUGAAUUAAAAAAGGUAUUUAAAUAUACCUUCUUGAAGAAACCAGAGGCCUUUCUCCUGGGCAUAGUCGGCCAAUUGGUGUUAAAAAAGGAUAGAAUUUUCUUUAUGUACGCUACAACAGCAGCAAGAAUACUCAUCGCAAAGUAUUGGAAGACACAAGAGCUACCCACACUGGAGGAAUGGCAGAUGAAAUUGAUGGACUAUAUGGAAUUGGCGGAAAUGACUGGCAGAAUCCGUGACCAGGGAGAAGAGUCGGUGGAAGAACACAAAUUCAAUACGACUUACUUCUGAAAAGGCUUGGUUAGCAUUAAAAACCUGUUAUGUGAAAACAGUGUAAAAUAUUUUUUUUUAAGUAGGAACUUUCUGAGCUACUCCUAUCCUUUAAAACAUGCAAUUUUAUUGUGCGAUAACUUUUUGAAUUUUCCUUUAAUUAAAUUAAAUUUAGAGGGGGGCAAUGGCUUUUUUACAUAACUAGCUUCAGACAUGCUUUUCUUCUUAUGCAGAGAUUGCGUGCGUUGACAGAUUCAAAAGCACGAUGUGGAAUUCCUUCAGUCGGGAGAGACUGAAGGACCUCAAAGACUACUAUAUGGGUCAGCGGAAUGAACAGUAUGACCAAUUCAUGAAGCAGGAUAGUCUCUUCAACAGGCAGCAUAAAAGUGUCGUGAUAAACGUGGACAAAAGGUGAGAGGCGAGGGGGUUUUCCGGGUUGUUUUCCUAGAGGCAGAGAGAGCAAGGGACAUAGCUGUCAAGUUACAGAUUUGAAAAUAAGGGACCAGCAGCCUCGAAAAUAAGGGAUCAGCAGCCAAAAUAAGAGAUUUUCCAAACACAGCUAUGUUCAACUUCUGAGCCUCUCUGAGCCAAAGGCAGAAAGUCCAGCCAGCAGCCAAACGAAGCCUCAAGCGGUGGUUCCCACAGCGCAGCAACCCGGCAAAGGGGAUGCAGCAAGGAAAACCACCGUCACCUCUCCGCUGGGAAGCGCUGAGCAAAGGCGAGUCCCCAGGCAACGCGGCCGAUUUGAUUGGCACAAGGCAUGCAAGCUCCACCCCCCAGUCGUUCUUAGACUCCUUAUUGGGUGAGCAACGCAGCCAAGCAACACAGUUGGAGCCUUCCUCCUCCCUGGCUGGCUGGCAGGGAGGGAGGGAGAGGAGCUGCUUCCUUUGAAACCCGGGAAAUUUAAGGGACAUCAUCAAUAAGGGACAGCAGCGGCACACGGCGCUGGGAUAAGGGACUUUCCCGCCAAAUAAGGGACAGUUGACAGCUAUGGCAAGGGAAAUGGCUGGUCGCGUAGGGUGCAAGUGUCAGGCUGCUGCCGGCGACUCCCAGCUGGUUGCCAGGAACAUACAAAAACAAGGAAAUGUUUCUUACCAUCCGCUUUUUAUUCAGUAUUUACAGAGAGAGGCAAUAGAACCCAGCUUCUUGGAUAAUGGCGUUGUCCCGAGUGAAUCUCCCCAUCUCUCUUACUUCCUCAUUCGUCAAUCUCAUCAUGUCCUCUACGGGUGCUGCUAUGUGCCCUCUGUCUUUGAGCUCUUUGCUCUCCUACUUUUAAGGCUUGCCAGGUUCUGGGAGAUGGAAGGUCUGGAAUGCUUUCUCCCCCCCCCCCCCCAUGAUAUUUAUUGAAUUUCAUACAAAGACAUAACUUUAACAUAAUAAAAAAAGAAAAAAAACAUUAAUAAAAUAAAAUAAAAAAGGAGAAAAAGAAGAAUGAAGAAAAUAAAAUAUUACAAACCCACAUAUACCACCACCACAUACAUAAAUAAAACUUGGUUAAAUUCCAACUUCAUAAACAUAUUACUUGACUUCCUCUAAUCUCUUCCAACUGAAUUUCCUUGUCAUUGAAUGUAGCAGUUUCCAAUAUCGUUAUUACACAUAACAAUAUUCCAGUUGUAAUCAAAUUUCCUAACUUUUCUUAUCCUACUAUUUCUUAUUUAUUUAUUUAAUCCUGAUUUAAUCCUAGGCCUAAUUAGUUCUUUCAAGUAAUUACAAAUCUUUAAUAUUACAAUAUUUAUUCAAAUAGCCUUUAAAUUUAUUCCAGUCUUCUUGAUAUUCCUCUUCUUUCUGGUCGUGGAUUCUCCCAGUGAGAUCAGCCAGCUCCAUAAGGUCCAUCAUCUUCAUCUGCCAUUCUUCUACCAUUGGUAAUUCUUGUGUUUUCCAUUUUUUUGGCUAUUAAAAUCCGUGCAGCAGUUGUGGCAUACAAAAAUAUUUUUACAUCUUUUGGGGGCAAUUCAGAACCUAUUAUUCCAAGGAGAAAGGCCUCUGGUUUCUUCAUAAAUGUAUAUUUCACCAUUUUAAAAAAAUCAUUAUAAAUGGAAUGCUUUCUAAAGACACUGUGUCCGUCAGCUGUCGCCCCCCCCGCUGCUUCCUCUUCCUCCUUCUCCCCCAUUAUUUCCCAACUUCUCCCCUCAUCUGCCUCUGAGCUGUGACCUCCCUCAAACCCCUGUUGUAAAUCUGUCACCUUUUCUAAUUGCUAAGACUGAAAUCCGUCUAAUGCGGUUCUGCUGUUUUAUGUCAGCUAUGCAGGUGAGCUACACAAAAUAUCUGGAAGCAUUUCAUUUUGGAUUAGUUUCUGUUAUGUACUGAAGUUCUCACCCUGGGCCAGCAGGGGGAUACUGUAGAUAGUUUUCACUCAGGUCCACAUAUGCAAAUAAGGGAUUGAAAGUGAUGUUCAGUGAUUGGAUAGUUAUGGAAAAUGGUUACUGUUGUGUUCUAGUGGAGCUCUAUAUAAGCAGACUGGCUGAACCCGUCAGUUCAGUUCUGUUCUGGCCUGUGAAUAAACAAGAGCUGUUUGAAGAAUCGCUGUGUCGUCUGAUAUGUUCACCCACAACUUAACAGUUUCCUUCUGCUAAACUGUCUUCCUCUUCCUCCUCCCUAGAAGGGUCAAGCUGGGGAGGCGGUGUCUCCCAUUCCUCGUCUGCCCAGACCCUGACAGCAAGGGGCUAAACCUGUAGUGUGGAACUGCCAAUCCAUGGGUCUAAUUGGGGCCACCAGGCCUCUGGAUUUGGCCUGCGAUACUAUUUUGGGCAAACCAUGUCCACCUGUCCUUCACCUGAGAUCAUAUGAAUGUCAGAUGGGGAGAUCUCUUCACUCUGAUCAGUGUGCAAAAAUUCGAGAUAAGCGUUCUUGUAUCUCACAAGGCAGAGUGAACCGUCAAAGAGCAGCCUGCAUUUGACACUUUUACAGGUGCUUCCAGGGGUCUGCAACCUUUAAGACAAAAAGAGCCACUUGGACCCGUUUCCAAAGAAAAAAAACCUGGGAGCCGCAAAACCAUUGCGACAUUUAAAACAAAUAUAUCUCCGGAGCCGCGAUCUGACAGCGGGCGGGAAGGUGACGUCGGGACGGUGCGUGACUAACGCACGCACCGCCCCCAUGCGACGUCACAACCAGUACAGCGCCCGCCACAGUGGGGAGUGUCGGGGCGCACAAUGCGCCUCCUCCCCUCGCUAGUAUCCGCCCUGGAGCCGCGGCAAAGGUGUAAAAGAGCCACAUGCGGCUCCGGAGCCGCGGGUUGCAGAUUCCUGGGUGCUUCAUAAUACCUGCGCCGUGUUUGUAAUAAGCCAAUCCUUUACACUUUGGAACUCCUUGCCUGUUGAUAUCCAGCCAGGCACUUUCACUGUAUUUUUUUUGUGCCUGCUGAACGCAUUCAUAUUUAGAUAAACCCACCCAGAUGUUUUUUGUCUACGGCCAUACUACCCUGAACACGCCCGAUCUUGUCUGAUCUCGGAAGCUAAGCAGGGUCAGGCCUGGUUAGUACUUGGAUGGGAGACCGCCUGGGAAUACUGGGUGCCGUAUGCUUUUUUUUUUUUAGGGACGUGGGUGGCGCUGUGGGUUAAACCACAGAGCCUAGGACUUGCCGAUCAGAAGGUCGGUGGUUCGAAUCCCCGCGACGGGGUGAGCUCCUGUUGCUCGGUCCCUGCUCCUGCCAACCUAGCAGUUCAAAAGCAUGUCAAAGUGCAAGUAGAUAAAUAGGCGGGAAGGUAAAUGGCGUUUCCGUGCGCUGCUCUGGUUCGCCUGAAGCAGCUUAAUCAUGCUAGCCACAUGACCCGGAAGCUGUAUGCCAGCUCCCUCAAUCAAUAAAGCAGGAUGAGCCUCACAACCCCAGAGUCGGUCACGACUGGACCUAACGGUCAGGGGUCCCCUUUACCUUUACCUUACCCAGAUGUUUAGAAUUUCGAUGAGUUUUAAAUUGCAUUAGUCUCUUUUAUCCUGGUUUUAAUUUCUGUACGUUUUAAAUUAUGGUUGUAAAUGUUUUUAGUGAUGAUUUUAUCGUUUUAUCGUUUUGUAAACAGCUUUGAGUUGGUGUAUAUAUUUUAUCAAAUAAAGAAACAAACAAACAAGUGUGCCCCCACUUUUCAAUUUCUAGUUCAUUCAUUCAGAAGCAUCAUGUGGACGACGAUCGGGAGGUUGUUCAAAAGAUUAUAUCGGGAGAGUUUGUAAAGGAACCCACGUACUCUACUUCCUAUGGAGAGAUGCCAACUUCUGUUGCAGCAGCUGUAUAUAUCAGAAUGGAUGAAUUGCGCAAAGGAGAAAUGAUAGUAAGUAUAUUCUAGCCUUAUAGAGCAGGACAUUUUCGUGUUAGGAGCGUCCUACUCUUGUGUAGGACCCUGGCAGAGACACAUGCCUGACUGGCAUGUUCUCUCCCUCCUGGUCGAUCCUUCGGGAGCUUCAAAAGCUUUCUUCUGCCUGAACAUCACAGCGACUGAUGCCAAAAGACAUUAGCACACUUAGGGAUCUGCAGAGUAUUUGCAGUUUGCGUAACAGAACCAAUAGCACAGCAUUUUGGCUAAUCUACGUUUAUUUACAUAUAAUACACUCGGAGCAUUCCGACUUAGCUCCUUCCUCUUUCUCAUCAGACAGCAAAGAGAGAAAGGACAAUAGUCCCACCUCACGGAACACAGUAAUACCAAAACAUCCUGUCUCCGUCACUUCCCACACUGUGGAAUGAGAACACACACUGUCAUGUGAUAGACAACAAUCCCAUGACUGCAGACACGGGGAAUGAAUCUCCAACAUUUCGUGGCCGUGGUGGGACUAUAUAGCAGGGAUCAUCAACCUUUUUUUUGAACUCGUGGGAGCGUUAUGAAUUUUGAGAGAGUGCUGUGGGCACCAGACACAAAAUGGCGGCCAUGCAGGGGCAGAGGGGUGGGUUGCCCCCCAGAUCGGGAGGUCUCGGCGCACGUGUGACAUCAUAUUUGCACUGCGUGAUGUCACACGUGCCUCUUGAUGCUGUGCAGGCUAGUGCAAGCCUUCUGCGUGGGUGUGGGUGACCCCCUGACACCGUGCAUACCUGGGCAACCUCCUAUGACAUCGUACCAGGCCCCCUCAACCUUGGGGGGGGCAGCCGGCUGGGCCCCCUUCAAACAAAAAUUUGGGGGACUGAAGACGCCUCCGACCCCAAGAGUUGGUGUACCUCAUGAACUUUGCUUCAGGAUGAGAACAGAAAUCGUGCUCCGGCGGCAUGGCGGCAGCAGGAGGCCCCAUUAGCUAAAGUGGUACCUCAGGUUUAGAACAGUUUCAGGUUAAGAACGGACCUCCAGAAUGAAUUACCGUAUUUUUCACCCUAUAGGAUGCACUUUUCCCCCUCCAAAAAUGAAGGGGAAAUGUGUGUGCGUCCUAUGGGGCGAAUGAAGGCUUUCACUGAAGCCUGGAGAGCGAGAGGGGUCGGGGCGCACCAACCCCUCUCGCUCUCCAGGCUUCGCGGACCUCUCCGCAAGCAGCGGAAGCGCUCCCGCUGCUUGCGGAGAGUUGCCGGCAUGCCAAAGCCUGCGCGCACUGAGAUCAGCGUGUCCAGGCUUCGCGGACCUCUCCGCAAGCAUCGGGAGCACUCCCGAUGCUUGCGGAGAGUUGCCGGCAUGCCAAAGCCUGCACGCGCUGAUCUCAGCGCGCGCAGGCUUCGGCAUGCCGGCAACUCUCCGCAAGCAGCGGGAGCCAGUGCUGGGCUCCCACGGCUUGCAGAGAGCUGCCUGUUUGGGGGCUGGGGUCGGGGGAAGCUCGGGCCUCCCCCGCCCCAGCCCCGCGCCUGGGGGGGAAAUAAUUUUUUCCCCUUUAUUUCCCCCCCAAAAAACUAGGUGCGCCUUAUGGGACGGUGCGUCCUAUAGGGCGAAAAAUACGGUAAGUUCUUAACCCGAGCUACCACUGUACUGAAAAACUGCAUUAAAAGGGAGGAGGAAACAGUAGUUUUUUAGGACUCUGGGGAUUCCUAUGGGCCGGUGUCUAAACAACUCACUUAUGAAUUACACUUCCGACUCCACUCAUUGGUUUCACUCAUUUAGUGACAGGCAGGAUCAGUCAAGCUGGUUCAUAUCGCAGAAAUUGCUUAGAAGAGUUUCUGCUCUUUCUAUAUUUAUUUAAUUUUUUUGAGAUAUUCUGCAAUGAGUGUAAUUAGAAUCGGAAAACGUAUAAAUUGCAAUGAUAUAAAUGUUAAUUUUGAAAGCCAUGAGGCGGGAAGGAAGGAAGUCUACAGGCUCUAAGAGCCAAGGCGGUAUUGCGGAUAAAUAUGAUGUGAAUGUAUAAUAUUAAAUGGAGAUAUAUAUAUAUAUAUAUAUAUAUAUAUAUAUAUAUAUGAAUGAGUUCCUGCUCCUUUCCUCCCCCCUCCCUGUAGCUUUCGUUCUAGGAGGGCCAGGGACUUAGUAAACAGUCCUCUGUGAUAUUUUAUGCAUUGUGAGUUGCAGGUACUUUUAUGAUUAAUUGUUUUAUUGUACUUACUGUAAUUGUUAAGAGUGAAUUUCUGUUUGUUUAUUAUUUGCUGACCUUUUGAGAGUUCAUUUCAUGGUGUGCUAUCAUAUUCUAACAGAUUACCGAAUAUUACUUUAUUGGAUAAAAGUCAUUCCAUUUUAAAGUUAUGUUUUAUUAUGACUUUUUUGUAUUGGUCAGAUUCUUCUAUGGUGCGUAUUGUUGCAGUUUUUUAAAAUUAAUUUUUAUUGAUUUUAAUAUCACCAGUCAACAGUAUAACAAAACAGACAACAUACAUAAAAGAAAACAUUUCUAUACAAAAUAAAUUCCUUCCACCUAUUAGGGUGCUCUUUGUCAUAUAUUUUGUUGCUGUAAGCCGCCUUGUGUAUAAAAUAGAAAGGUGAUCUACAAAUUAAAAAUGAAAUGAAAUAGUGGGCGGAACAGCAAAAGCCUGAAUAAAAGGAGUUGAAUAUAGUUCAAUGAGUUAUUUCACUUAUUGUAUGAUUUUUGUUUAAAUUGCAAUAAACGACCUUCAGAUAUCCAAUGCAUUUGCAAUAAUUAGCCAGAAGAAUACAAGAGGCUGAACUUCUUGAGGAACUGGAACGCCCUCCCACCAGAUGUCAAAGAGAAAAAUAACUACCAAACUUUUAGAAGACAUCUAAAGGCAGCCCUGUUUAGGGAAGCUUUUAAUGUUUAAUAGAUUAUUGUAUUUUAGUGUUUUGUUGGAAGCCGCCCAGAGUGGCUGGAGGGGACCCAGCCAGAUGGGGAGGGUAUAAAUAAAUUAUUAUUAUUAUUAUUAUUAUUAUUAUUAUUAUUAUUGCCUGUACCUUGCCUCUUGCAUCCCUGUUUAUGUUCAUGAAAGAGGCCUUGGGUAUUCCUUCACUCCAGCCCCUUGUAUCCAGAAAAUGUACAGAUGGAGUGGCAAGCAUUCGGCAGCCCAAACAGAAUUAAAUCAGACUCUGUAAAUACGGUACUUUUAAAGGCGGUCCGUUCAAAAGUUGUUCCACAAAGAUUGGUGGAAGGAUCUCCUCACGGUUUGCAUUUCUUCUCAGGCGAAUCUGCAAGAUAGUCGUGUCAUAGUUUUGGUCAGUCAGGGGGCAGAGAUCAUCCGUCUGAAAAAAGAGAAGGUUGAGGAAUGGGCAGAUGCUGCCACCAUGAUAAAAUUUGGCAAAAUAAAGAUGAAAUAUCCCAGGUAAGAACGACUGAAGCAUUGGGGUGGGCUGGCGCGAGAUAGAUAUUGGGGGGGUUGUGAUUUAUGGGGUCCAAGCCCAUUAUAUAAUGAGGGAACACAGGUGCUAUGUUGUAGACUAAGCUUGAAGCCCCUUUGACAAAUCUAUUUCCCUGUAUCUGUACGGAGUGUUCAGAUAUUAUGUGGUUUGCUGGAGCCUAUGAGAAGCAGGUUUAGAACAGAACCUAAACAGUACAGUCAUACCUCGGGUUACAGACACUUCAGGUUGCGUGUUUUUGGGUUGCGCACUGCGCCGAACCCGGAAGUACCGGAACGAGUUACUUCCGGGUUUUGGUGCAUGCGCAGAAGUGCUAAAUCGCACUUUGCGCAUGUGCAGAAGCGCUGAAUCGCGUCCCGCGCAUGUACAGACGCAGUGCUGCGGGUUGUGAACGCGCCUCCCGCACGGAUCAUGUUCACAACCCGAGCGUCCACUGUAUAGAAAUUUAUUCAUGUAUGUGACUACAGCGGCAAGAAUGUUAUUUGCACAAAGAUGGAAAGAAUAAGAAGUUCCGACAAAAGAAGAAUGGAUACAAAAACUUGUGGACUAUGAAGAAAUGGCGAAACUUACCGGAAAAAUUAGAAAUCAAGAUAACAAAUUAAAAAAAGCUAAAUGACACCAUUCAGUUUUCAAAACGGACCAAUGAGGUUGUAUUCAAUUAAGUUUUACUCUGAGCAGACCCACUAAAAUUAAUGAACAUGACUAAGUUAGGUCCAUUAAUUUCAGUAGAUCUACUCUGAGUAAGAGUUACUUGAAUACCACCCCAUGGCCUUGAAAGGGAUUAGACCAAUUCAUGGAGGGAAAGGUUAUCAAUGGAUACUCAAUAUGUCAGCUAUGUCCUGUUGUUCUCAGUUUCUCUUUGUGGACUUUUCCAGAAGCAUGUGGUUGGCCACUGUGAGAACAGAGUGCUGGACUAGAUGGGUCUUUUUCCCCAGGAGAAAAUGAGAACUGAUGCUCUGGCAUUUGCCCCAGAGAAGCAAUGCUGGAUUCACGUAUAAGCUCAAUAAGCUAUAGCUUAGGGCCCGACUCUCUUGGGGGCCCCCAAAAAAUUUAAAGGAGAAAAAAUGGAUGUACAUUUCCAAAAUAUAAGAUAAAAAACAAAUAAAAUAAAACCUACAUACAGCAACAGUGUUUUGUGUUGUGUAGGCUCCUACGAUGUUAGUACAGAGGUACCUCUGGAUACGAACGGGAUCCGUUCGGGAUCCCUGUUCGCAUCCUGAAGCGAAUGUAACCGCCUGCGGGUUGCAAUUCGCCGCUUCCACGUAUGCGUGCGACGUCAUUUUGACAGUUUGCACAUGCGCGAGUGGUGAAACCUGGAAGUAACGCAUUACGUUACUUCUGGGUCGCCUCGUAGUGCAACCCGAAAGCGCUCAACCUGAAGCAUAUUUAACCUGAGGUAUGACUAUACAGCGGACCCUCCAGAUACGAAUUAAAUUUGUUCCAGGGGUCCGCCCACAACCUGAAAAGUCUGUUGGCAGAGGUGCCGCUUCUGUGCAUGCAUGUGGGGCGAUUGAGCGCUUCUGCGCAUGCGCGUGGCACACAGAACACUUCUGUGCAUGUGCUAAACCCAGAAGUAUACACUUCCGGGUUUGCUGCAUUCGAAACCCGAAAGUUACGUAUCCAGAGCAGUACAUAACUAGAGGGUCCACUGUAAUGCGCCCCAUCUGCUAGCCUGCUCCCUAAAAUAUCACUGGUUUGCUCAUUUCUAUAUACAGGGUGCCUACAUUCUGCACGGACUGGUUGUAACAAUUACUUUGAUAAAAUGCAUAUUUUGUUAUGUGCAAAUGGCUUUAGAUACCUAUUAGGUCCAGAAAUUACCAUAUAGCAUAUAUUCAACGCAAGAAACAGUGAAAAUUUGUUGUUGACAAGGGACAGCUGGACAUAUAAAGGGCCGCAUUACCUUCUGCUAUGUACUGAAGUUCUCACCCUGGGCCAGCAGGGGGAUACUGUAGAUAGUUAUGCAAAUGAAGGAUCGAAAGUGACGUUCAGUGAUUGGAUAGUUUUAGAAAGUUGUUACAGUAACAUUGUACUGGAGCUCUAUAUAAGCAGGCUGACUGAACCCUUCAGCCCAGUUCUGUUCUGGGUCUGUGAAUAAACAAGAGCUAUUUGAAGAAUCGCUGUGUCGUCUGAUAUGUUCACCCACAACUUAACACCUUCAGUAGCUGAGGGCCUCAUCAAACCUAAAUCCGGCCCUGCAGAGAAGAACUGUUUGGCUGCAGGGGGAUGCCACCCUAUUCUCAAUUUUCAUUUCCCUUUUCAGUGAUGACGAGCUGUGUCAAGUCUUCCUCAGACAGAACUCCUGGGAAUCGUUUAAGAAAGAUCUUCUGGGCGUUGUGAUGCGUCCCAAACUCAUGAAGAUGGUGCAUCCUCCUCAUCCGUGCCCGACGGAAGAAAUCUACGACCCUUGGUGCGUGAACCAAGCGGGCGUCUUGGACCUAAGCAAGAUGCGCCACCAAAAAGAACUUACCUCGCAGAAGUAUAAGUUUGUUCCCGUCGGGGCGGAACACGGAAAACAGAGUUUGCCAAAUAUUCAGCCAAGACUGAUCCAUAGCAUCACAGUCCUCCGUUCUCCUUUGGAUGGAGCCUUUUAGUGAGCUGUUUCAAGGUUUUUUAUUUACCGGUCAGUGACAUGGUGGAGGGCAACUCUAAAAAGAUCAAGGAGUGAUUCUGGCUGUGUGUGUGUGUGUGUGUGUGUGUGUGUUCAUACAUAAAUAUACAUAUACGGCUUUGCUUUAUGUAAGUUUUCUUCUCUGUUAGAAAGCACCUUAUUAAUUUUUUUUUACAGUAGAUCUGUGGUGUGAAUUCUGAAUCAGAAGUUAAUUUCAUUUUCUUCCGGUAUUGCCAUACAGAGAAUAUUUUUUUCUCUUCAAGAUUCUGUGUUUGUGUAUCCCAAUAUAUACAUAUAUUUAUCAAUAAAUUAUAUUUAAUGUUUAG